AUGGAGCACGAGGGAUCUGAUCAUGAGGGACGCGAGGUGCCAAGCGCGCUGGUCCGACGUGCAUGUGAUCAAUGCCGCCUCCGAAAGAUUCGAUGCGAUAAGCGCACCCCAUGUUCAAACUGCCGAAGCUCCAGCAUCGCAUGCCGAUCUACUGGCGAAGGCCAGAAGCCAUCAGAGCCCCGGCGGCGGGUUUUAAUCUCAAAUCAAUAUGAGAAAAAGAUUGAUUUGAUCGAGGAACGCCUGGCAAGCAUUGAAGGUACUCUUCAACAGCUAGCAAAAAACACAUCUCAACCACAAGGCUUCACAGCACCAAACCGGAGCGAGUCUCAUUUCGCCCCUUCGCCUCAGAAGUCAACUCCUUCGCAGCCGUCAUCUACUACACCAAACUCCGUAAAGCCCAAGGGCCCUUUGUAUCUAGCAAAUCGUACUAUCGAGGAGCACGAUUCUAGCGCUGGCUUCGAGGGCAGCUCAUCUCUUACUGCCCAUGGGGCCUACGCGAGCGCGUUCCUUGAAUCUGCUGUGUCCAAAAGCUCGCCGCAGGUUGUGUCAAGUCCGAAGAUCACCGCGGCUCUCUCGUCGCUAAAGCAGCUUGUCGGGAUCCAGAACCAGCGGCGAGAAGCGGAUUUGCAGGGGAGUCAACCUCGCACCAAGAGUGCAAGGUUGGGCGUGAGACGCGACAUUCGCGAUCUGGAGAUGCCGCCUCUGCCAGUGGUUCUGGAUAUGCUGAGAAAUAUUCAAGAAAAUCCACCUGCUUUCUUUGGUGGCUAUGUCCCCUUCCUCAGUGUGAAAUAUUUCACUGAAAAAUGCCGUGAAGUUUACUUCUGCAUACAGGAUUACUCCGAUGCGGCAUUUAUUAUAACCACCUUUACUAUGUACGGCCUUUUCUACGAGUAUGGUGGCAUGGAGAAAGACGUAACUAUGCGAGAAGAGCACCAUCACUACAUUGAGAUGUGUCGCGACAACCUGGAGACAGCACUUGCCAAUUUGAAUAUCUUGAUGCCUGCAAACCAUGACUCGAUCAUGGCGUUAUCUCUAGGAGCUAUGCAUGCACUCGAGAUUUCCAAACCAUCCGUUGCCUGGACACUAGCAUCAACGGCCAUGAAUCUCUGCCAGACACUGGGAUAUCAUCGCCUUACUUCAAUGGAGCAUGACCCCGUACCAGUUCAACGCAAAAAGCAGAUUCUAUUCUGGACUGUCUACUCAAUUUUGAAUAUGAUGUCCCUGCGUCUAGGACGUGCUUCAUCCAUCCAGAAUUACGAUAUCAGCCUACCGAUGCUAGAUGAAAACCCAGAAGAGAUCCCCCACCCAUGGGGACCCGUCUGCAAUUGGUGGACUAGAUCGGCAAUUAUCCAGAGUGAAGUUUAUCAAUAUUUGUAUAGCCCAGAGGCCCUGCAGAAACCAGAGAGUGAACGAAUCACACAUGCGUACAGACUAGCCGCCGAGAUGCAGUCGAAGGUUAUGGAGCCGUUUGAGAAAUUCAUGUCAUCGGAUCUUAAAGUAUCCGACAUAGACCUUAUGUACCUUGCAACUGACAAGAUCAGUCGGCUGGCUAUCAUGACCUUGAUCUACCGAGCAAUUCCAGCAUCAGCAGACUCAGGCCAUGGCGCUACCUUCAUACCCAAAUGCAUUGAGACAGCCCGGGAAGCCCUGGAAGUCCACCGCAACUGCGUUGUAGCACUCAACGAGACAGACAAUUUCACGAAAACAUCCUACAUGCACUGGGGCAUCCUCCUAUCCCCCUUCGUCCCCUUCAUCGUACUAUUCUGCAACAUAAUAACAACCUCCAACGGCGACGACCUCGCCCUACUCGAAGAGUUCAUCGCCUCCCUCCAACCGCUAACUACCUUCUCUCAAUCUAUCGAGCGAUUGCACACCCUUUGCUCUGUGCUCGGCACCGUCGCCCGCCUUUACUUCGAAGCCAACACCCGGCCCCAAGCAGCCGCAGCCCAAGAAAAUCUGAUUGAGGUCGGUCAGGAAUUCGAUGUUUAUCUCAGUGCACUCGGGCUGGCGCCUCCAACCCAUAUAAAUCCUCUAAACAACGAUAAUUCCAAGGUGGUAAACCCUCAAGGUUAUCCCCCGACAGAUAAUCCUGCCAUGCAUGUUAGUUCAGCGGAUUUGUCACAGCAGCAUGUGAGUGGUUUCUCGGCGCCGGUCGAUUCAUCUCAAGCACCGGGGCAGGAUUUGGGGACGGCUGCGCAAUUGGGAAAUUGGUUCUGGGGGAAUCAGUACAUGAUGGGGCUUUUGGAGGAAGAUUUGUCGCAGUUCAAUCCGGGAAGGCCGUGA